CUGUACUCUUUAAGAUUGUCACCAGAUGCUCAUGGUCUUGAUACAGCAUCCAAUUCAAGCUCGCAACUUUCUGAAUCAGCUGACCAAAAUACGCUCUCAUCCUCUCAGCUUUCUGAGGUAGCUGAUCAAAACAUACUUUCUUCUUCUUCGAGUUCUGCCUCGUUGACUGCAGCACUUCGGAAUUUCGAUAUUGGCAACAUUAGUGUAAAUUCUAUCUUUCAGUACCAAUUUCAGAACCUAGUAGGAGAGCAUUUGAGGGAUGUUCGUGGUCGAUCGGAAGAGGAUUCAAUGUCACAAAUGGAAUCAUAUAUGGAGUAUUUGGAUUUGUUAAAUCAUCGGCAUGCACAAGAACCAGUAACGAGGAGUAGUGCUGCAGUAAAUUCUCAUUUGGGAAAUUUGGGAACUGGUGUUUUGGAAUCGCUGUCUUUGCUAACGAAUAGCACUACUUUAUCAUUUGACAUGCCAUUAAGUGAUGAAAAUGAUGAUUAUAUUGCUGUUGGCACUCGCUCAAAUGAAGUGGAAAAUGAUAUCAGUAGCGAUUCAUCAGUUGAAGCAAAUGACUUUGAUGAUGAAACAAGUUCUGCUAAAGAAACCAGCAGCAGUGCUCAGAAUUUUUUGUUGCCUCUUGAUUCAUCAUUGUCUAUGGAAUCUUCACCACAGCCUUUGGAAUUAUCCUCAUCUACUCGUUUAAAAAUUUCAGUUCUAAAAUGGAAUGUCGCUGCAACAUGGAAGUGGACUGCGGGGGAUGAAACUUGUGGAAUUUGUCGCAUGCCAUUUGAAGCAUGCUGCAUAGAGUGCAAAACACCUGGAGAUGAAUGUCCUUUGGCUAUCGGGGCGUGUAAACAUGCAUUUCAUAUGCACUGCAUUGUAAAAUGGACUGACACACAAAAUACAGCUCGUCCGCAGUGUCCGUUAUGUAGGCAAGAAUGGAAAUUUGCAGCUGGAUAA